CUCUGCUCGCUCCUGCUAUUCUUAGUCUGUCUGUACCUCACCCUCAGCAACCCUGCAGGCAAGAGACUCUUCUCCAUCUUAAGUCUAAGUUUUAUAUCGAUUUUUGAGAGUUUGCACUUUUGCAGAGUUGAGAGGUUCCACAGCAACUGACCCUCCCACCCACCAACCAACCGCAGGGUGUUUGUCCUGAGAGCUAGGAGCAGACAGGGAGAGACGGUCUUGAAUCCAGGGCUGACGGAGGAUUUGCCGGCUGGGUCAAGAGGAUAGCAGGGCAGGACGUAGAGCAAGGGCACAGCGAGCAGGAGGAGAAACCACACGGCCACCGGGAGUCGUUGUCAGGGGGAGUUUAGACGUUUGACCGAAGAUGAGUACGUACACAGUGACUCUGAACGGCGCUGCUCCAUGGGGCUUCAGACUACAGGGGGGGAAGGACUUCAACAUGCCCCUCACCAUCUCCAGGAUAACCCCGGGCAGCAAGGCGGCGGGUGGCAGCCUGGCCCAGGGCGACAUCAUCUCGUCCAUCGACGGUGUGAGCACUGACGGGAUGACGCACCUGGAGGCCCAGAACAAGAUCAAGUCUGCCAGCUCCAAACUGGCCCUCACCAUGCUGAAAUCAAGACGCUUUGGACCGGUUCCCACAGCAACUCCUAGAAUGGACUCGCCUAUGCCAGUCAUCCCUCACCAGAAGGAUAAAAAUCCCUCAGAGUGGGAUUACCCCAAAAAAGAUCCCGACCUCCUCUUGACCCCGGUCAAAGCCCCUGCCUCCUCCACAGCAGCUGCCGGAUCUCCACAGAGCCAGCGCGGGCAGUACAAUUGCCCAAUUGGCCUCUACUCUCCGGAGACGGUCAAAGAAAUGAUGCUGAUGCAGGGCAAAUUAGGAGAAGGGCCGGCGCCCGCCCUGGGAGUUCCAUUGUUCGGUGAGGAGGCGGGCUCCCCCCUGUCUGGGGUUCUGCCCCUCAAGGACCCUGUGGUAGACUGUGCAUCUCCGGUGUACCAGGCAGUGAUCAGGCCAGGAGAGAUGAACCAGGAUAUGUCUGAAUGGGCUCGUCGUGCUGCCAACCUGCAGUCCAAGAGCUUCAGAAUGCUGGCCCACAUCACUGGCACUGAAUACCUGCAAGACCCAGAUGAGGAAGCCCUGCAGAGGUCGAGAGACAAGUUCGAGUCCGAGGUGAAAGGGCCUCGCUUUGCCAAGCUGAAGAACUGGCACAACGGACUAUCUGCACAGAUCCUCAACGUCCAGGAAUAAAGAGACGCAGGAGAAAAAAGAGAGAGAAAAAGAGAAAGAGAGAGAGACAGAGGGGUGCAGGACAUGUAAAGGAGGACAUGGACAGCAGCACAGGAGAUAAAAGGAAGAGGGGAUAAAUUACAGAGGGAAAAAAAGGAGCAGGGGGAGGAGACUCCUCAGCGAUGUGAGAUAGUGUAUUGUAGACUAGAUUAGUAGAAUGUGAGAUAAUAACUGUUAGUGUGAGAAUGCUAUGCGUUCAUAAGCACAGUAUUACCUGUCAAAUGUUUCUGUCCGCUGCUAAGACCUGAUCUCGCAUUUGGGUUUUUAUUUUCUUUGUUUCCUGUUUGUUUUGGGUUCUGUCUCUCUUACGUGACAGGUAAAUUGUACAAAAAAUAACAAUUAUUCAAGUGAACACGCAGAACUGAUGAUGUUUCUUUUAUGCCCCCAGUACACAAACUGCUUGUGAGUUGUAACACUUAUCAGCAUGCUUGUUGAGUUAUCACGAAUACAGGACGGAGGAGAACACACACGUAGACGUUUAUCUAUAUGCAUAAAGUACAGUAUGUAAAAAACGUGCACUCAAAAAAUGUACUGAUAUCAAUGUGAAUAAAUUUUUUCUUAAAACUCUA